UCCCCUCUGCCGUCCCUAUGAUGCAUCAGGUGAGUCGUACUACCAGUAGCAUCACACUAUCAUGGCCUCAGCCAGACCAGCCCAAUGGAAUCAUCCUGGAUUAUCAGCUACGCUACUUUGACAAGGCAGAAGAUGAGGAUAAUUAAUUCACCUUAACUAGCGAAACCAACAUGGCCACCAUAUCAAAUCUUAUUCCAGGCAAGAUCUAUGCCUUCCAAGUAUGAGCUAGGACAGCAGUGGGCUAUGGCCCAUACAGUGGAAAGAUGUAUUUCCAGACUUUAAUGGGAGGGGAGCGCUUGGAGAUGGUGCAGGACCGACUGCUGCUUAUCGUGGGCUCAGCGCUCGGUGGUCUAGCCUUCUAGGUAAUUGCUGCCAUUGCCAUCCUUGCCAUCAUCUUCAAGAGUAAAAGGCGAGAGACCCCAUACGCAGAUUGCUUGCAGCAGUAUAUCAGUGCACGAGGACUUGGAGUGAAGUAUUACAUUGAUCCUUCAACCUAUGAAGAUCCCAGUGAAGCUAUUCGAGAAUUUGCCAAGGAGAUUGAUGUGUCCUUCAUCAAGAUUGAGGAGGUCAUUGGAUCAGGAUAAUUUGGAGAGGUGUGCUUUGGGCACCUAAAACACCCAGGGAAGUGUGAAUACACAGUAGCUAUUAAGACUCUGAAGUCAGGUUACACAGAUGAACAGCUGCGGGAGUUCCUGAGUGAGGCCAGCAUCAUGGGGCAAUUUGAACAUCCCAAUGUCAUCCAUUUGGAGGGUGUGGUCACCAAGAGCAGACCAGUCAUGACUGUCACAGAGUUCAUGGAGAAUGGAUCACUGGAUUCGUUCCUCAGGCAGAAGGAGGGACAGUUCAGUGUGUUACAGCUGGUGGGAAUGCUACAGAGGAUUGCAGCUGGCAUGCGCUACCUUUCAGACAUGAACUACGUGCAUUGUGACCUGGCAGCACAUAACAUCUUAGUCAACAGUAACCUUGUGUGCAAGGUGUCAGACUGUGGUUUGUCCCUCUUUCUGGAGGAUGAUGCUUCAAAUCCCACCUAUACUGGAGCUCUGGGCUGCAAAAUCCCCAUCCGUUGGACUGCCCCUGAAGCUGUCCAGUAUCGCAAGUUCACCUCCUCCAGUGAUGUCUGGAGCUAUGGAAUUGUCAUGUGGGAGGUGAUGUCCUAUGGUGAGAGGCCUUACUGGGACAUGUCCAAUCAGGAUGUAAUUAAUGCCAUUGACCAGGACUAUCGCCUGCCACCACCCCCAGACUGCCCAACUGUUUUGCACCUACUGAUGCUUGACUGCUGGCAGAAGGAGAGGGUCCAGAGACCCAAAUUUGAACAAAUAGUCAGUGCCCCAGAUAAAAUGAUCCACAAGCCAUCUGCCCUCAAAGCCACUGGCACUGGAAGCAGCAGACCAUAUCAGCCUCUCCUGAGCAACUGUCCUCCAGAUUUCUCUUCACUCAGCAAUGCCCAUGAGUGGUUGGAUGCUAUCAAGAUGGGCCAUUACAAGGAGAAUUUUGGCCAGGCUGGUCUGAUUACAUUUGAUGUCAUAUCACGCAUGACUCUGGAAGAUAUCCAGCAUAUUGGCAUCACCCUUGUUGGUUACCAGAAAAAGAUUCUAAACAGCAUCCAGCUCGUGUGAGUCCAUUUGAAUCAGCAUGAACCAGUUGAAGUGUGA